AUGGCUACCCCACAAACCGAUGAGAAUGCCUGGACAACCUUUGAAAAACUGUUGCUUAUACAGGCUGUUUAUAAACAUGGAGACAAUUGGCUUGCUAUUUCACGUACGAUGAAAAGUCAUCCAAUGGUUUCUCACCCUUCAGAAUUUUUCACUCAAAAGCAACGUAUGCCUUGGACCGCGAAAUUGGCUCGACAACUUUAUCAUGAACGUAUUGCUGAACUGAAAUCAUUAAUAACUUCAGAUGAACAAAAAUUUCGGAAACUUGUAACCGAAAUCGAUGAAAUUAAAUCGGGACAAUGGGAUAAUAAAUUUGCUGAGAUGAUAAAAGAAGAACAAAAAAAGAAAGAUCAAGAAAAGAAAGCAGCAGGUGAAAGUGUCUCUAAAAUAUCAACGGUGGAACCUAAAGGGUCAACUGAUUCUUCGAUUUCCGAUGUAAAUCUUAAGGUUGAACCUUCAGUAGCUGAGAAGAUUCUUCAACCUGUAGUGAAAAUUGACAAGAAUGUUACAACCGCCUCAAUAAUAGAAAAGGAAACAAUUAUUAAAAAUGUAGAACCACAAUUAACAAGAGUCAAAACUAAACCAACUGAAAUGGUUCCAAAUGUAGAAGAUAUGAAAAUUGAUGUGGUCCCUUCUUUGAAGUCAUCAUCAAGACCUACUGAAGUUAAUGAUGAUGUGCUACAACCUCAAACACCAUCAACACCACUUUCAGAUCUAAAUUAUAACUUGAUUAUCGUUCCCUCAAAGGGUCAAAAUGUUCAACAAGUACCAACAAUUGUUGUAAGUACUGAAGGUGAUAAAUUACGAAGAGGCAAUGUUGAUCAGCUUCUUGUGGAAGAUGAUGUUAUGAUGGAUAUUGAUGAGAAACUUACACAAAAGUCUAUGGAUGCAUCCUCAUCGGUUCCUACACAAGAAUCAAUAUUAGAAACAGAUGUUUCUAAAGUUAACCAAGCUAAAAAAAUAACCGUAUUUCCAAAUACAGAAUCUGUCAAUGUAACAGAUACUCCACAAACUAUCGAUUGUGAAGUUGCAAUGGACAUUGAUGAACCUAAAGUAGAAUUUAUAGCAACAGAAGAUGCUAUCAAAAGUCCUUCAAAGGUUCACCUUUCUGAGAUUAAUGUAACUUCACCAACCUCUAUUGAAGAAGUAGAAGUAAAUAUUAAUCAAGAACAUAUAUCUAAAGAACAGUAUGAAUCGAAAGGUCAACCUCAUAAAAUUGCAAAGGAAAAAAUUGAAAGUAAAGAGAUUAUUGUAGCGAAAGGCAAGGAACCAGAAAUUUCUGAGACUAAAUUAAAACAAUCAGUGGGUUCAAUAAAGGAAGAAUUUUCACCUUAUAUUAUAGAAAGUUCAUUCACUGAACAAGUAACCAAGUCGGAUAAAAAGGAAGAUAUCUCAGUAGAAGAGGAUGAUGAUGAGGAAGAUGUGCGUAUGGUAGAUUUAUCAACCCUUCCCGAAGAAAAUGAGGAUGACGAAAAAUAUAGUUCGAUAGGAAAGGUCACCCCUACACCUUUGAUAGAACCCAAGGAACCUUUAACUUCUGGUGCUGGUUUGGAGUCUACUUCACCAGUUCCUAUCGUUUCGACAACUCCUUCUAAUGCAGCACCUUCGCCUUCUGGGGAUCUCGUCCCUUCAACUCCUCCCCCUCUUGAUACAACACCAAGCGGAGAAACUCCAGAUGAUAAGAAACUUAAGACAUGGCAGAAACUGGUUUCUAUGAUAUUACUCGAAAUUAGUAAUCAUCGGUUUGCUAGCGUUUUUCAAAACCCAAUCAGGGAUCAAGAUGCACCUGGUUAUUACGACAUAGUAAAACAAUCAAUGGACUUAAGAACUUUAAAGAAACGUCUUCGCGAAGGGGCUAUCUAUGAUACCAAUUUAUUUCAUCGUGAUUUAAUGUUAAUGUUUAUGAAUGCCUCGGUGUUUAACAGAGAAGAAACAGAUAUCCACCAAAUGGCGUUAGAAAUGAAAGAUCACGUCGAAACAUUAAUUGCGGAAUUUAAAAGAAGUGAAGUUUCAGGAGGAGCGCAUGAACCAGCUACACGAAGAAAGAGUAUGGCCAUAGACGGAAAUGAAGCUGCUUUCUUCACAAGUGACAGAAGAAGUGAAAACGACAGAACUGUUGUAACAGGUUCUUCACGAAGUGGUAAAUUCAAGAAUGAUACCGCGGAUCAACGCCCGACAAAGAAGCCUAAAAGAUUAUCUAUCUCUUUAAAAAAGUCCGAUAUCAACUGA